CAGAGGGGGGGAAAAAAGGCACCUGAGAGCUCUGGGAAGGAGCUGCAACACCUGUAGACCAAGUUCCUUUCCACUCCUGUACAUUUUGAUGCAGAUCUUCUCCAGCAGAGCAUUUGCCAGAGCCCUUGGCUGUGCUGUGCUGCUUUGUGCACCCAUAGUUGUGGGGUGACCUACCCACACAGCCCUAUCUGCACCAGGAAGCAAGUGCCACGUCCCCUAUUCGCCUCGCCUUCAGGUGCCUAUCCCUACUACUGUGGCUGCGCAUGGCACGGCCAGGGGGACAUGGGCAUCCUCCCCGAAUCAGAGUGGGCGUCCUGGAGCAUGUUCUUUGAGGGCACCUUCUCCAGCUCCUGGUACAGCAAACACAAGACUGAGCUCUUGGGAGUUUUACUUGCUGCUGCCUCAAAUUUUCUGAUUAGCAUCUCUUUGAGCAUACAGAAAUGCGCUCAUCUCCGACUGGCUCGCCAAGCAGAGCUGAAGCUCUUCUACAGGAGCAAGCUGUGGUGGUAUGGAGCUGUCCUGCUGGGCCUUGGAGAGCUGGGCAAUUUCACAGCCUAUGGAUUUGCCCCCAUUGCCCUUGUUGCUCCACUAGGAUGUGUAUCUAUCAUAGGUAGUGCAUUUAUUUCUGUCUUAUUCCUAAAGAGGACCAUGAGGGCUGCAGAUAUACUGGGAGGAACUCUGGCAGUAGUAGGGACAUACCUGUUGGUGACAUUUGCUCCAAAUGUACCCCACGAGCUCACAGCAAGACGAGUACAGAAUGACUUAGUGAGCUGGCCUUUCUUGGUAUAUGUGAUUUUAGAAAUUAUAAUAUUCUGCAUUCUCCUUUAUUUUUACAAAAGAAAGGCUGUGAAGCACAUCAUGGUUUUGUUAAUGAUGGUGGCAAUGCUGGCUUCACUGACUGUCAUUGCUGUGAAGGCUGUGGCCAGCAUGAUAACACUCUCUGCCAAAGGGAAAAUGCAGCUAACUUACCCUGUUUUCUAUAUCAUGCUCAUCUUAAUGGCAACUUCUUGUGUUUUCCAGGUCAAGUUCUUAAAUCAAGCAAUGCAUCUAUAUGAAGCAAGAGCAGUUGUGCCCAUUAACUUUGUGUUCUGCACCACGAGUGCCAUCAUUUCAGGGGUCAUAUUUUAUCAGGAAUUCCAAAGUGCAGCUUUCCUGAGCGUGUUCAUGUUUCUGUUCGGGUGUCUCCUAUCUUUCCUCAGCGUAUUUGUAAUUGCAGUAAAUAAAAAAGAGGAGCGUUUACAAGUUCCUUAUAUUGACUGUGGAUGUAUUCCUGGACAAAAAUUGACAGGCAAAAUACAACCAGAUUCUUACGGUUCAUGCUAUGGCACUUUGAAUAAUAAAGAUGACUCGGGGAAAAGUCAAAGCUGAAAGAAGAAGGCACCUUACGUUCCACUUAACGAGAGGAAUGCCACUGGAACAAGAAUCCGCAGCACCUUUUCAUUAGAUGUACUCAAGUAGACAUUGAAUUCCUGCACGUUGAUGAGUCAUAUGUUAUUCAAUCCUACUUAAUUUAUCCUCUGGCUGUCCUAAAUGUGUUUUGAAGAUAAAGAAAGCCUUAAGAAAAACUCAAUAACCAUUAAUGAAACAGAAUGUUCUCGAAGUAUAAAUGCCUCUUAGUAACAAGUAGGGAUAUUUUUAGACAUUUAAUUGCCUAGAAAUGCAAAUAGGCACAUGACAGGAUUUUUAAAAUUUGUUUUUGAAAACCCCCAGAUGUGCAUAGAUGCUUACGGACAAAUAUGGGAAAUAAAGAGGAUUUUUCUGAGAGACUUCAAAAUAUUCUGCUGUAUAUUUACUGCCUUUAAAAAUCUGAUCCUGCUUGUUCAAGAAUCAAAAUUGUAGGUAUAUAUGCAUUAUGAAUAAUCAUGUACACACAUUUUUACUACGUGCAGAGGGAAAAUCCAGAUUAUCUUUUGCUAUCAGACUAAUUCUCUUAUCUUCAAAGGACGUAAGUGCUUAUAUGAGAUGGGGGAAGAGAAGAGCAUUUGUCAUAAACCUUGGUGCACACGCAUAUAUUUACAAGGUAUCCAGCCAAGGUGGAGCUGAGCAAUCAAGUGUGGCAUUUUAUAUCCUUCCCAUGUCUUGCGUACUGGGCUGGACUGCCCAUAAUUUAAAUUAGUCUAGUCUGAGGCUUAGCCACUGUUUUUAGGAAAAGAGGGUUUUAAUGAAGGAAGUGCAAAGAGAAAAUGAGAGAUCCAGGCUUCCUCGCUUUAUAUUUCAGCACCCUGAGAAAGCUCUGUAUGAUAGAUAGAGUGUUAAAAAUAUUGAUAAAAUCUUGUGUACUACAAACCAGGGAGGAGAGGGCGGUGAAACCUUGGCACAGGCUGCCCAGAGAAGCUGUGGAUGCCCCAUUCCUGAGGCACUCAACGCC